AUGUCGACCGUUCGUGCACUGUCUACGAGCACAGCCCGACAUUUUGUUCUCUCUGGAUCAAGAUGUCGAGCCCCCCGUAGCUUAGCAGGUUGGAUCAACCUUCGAGGAUUCGCAGCGUCCACAGAAGGAUCCCUCAGGAAAACAGGUCUUUACGACUUUCAUAUCGACAAUGGCGCAAAAAUGGUUCCUUUUGCCGGGUAUAAGAUGCCUCUUACCUACGGGAAUGUUGGCCAAGGUGCCAGUCAUGCCCAUGUCCGUACCGAUGCCGGUUUGUUCGAUGUUGGACACAUGGUGCAAUCCAAUUUCCGUGGGCAUUCCGCUACGGCUUUUUUGGAGUGGUUGACACCCUCAUCGCUAACGUCGCUCGCGCCGUAUAGCUCCACCUUAUCUGUUCUCUUGAAUGAAAAUGGCGGUAUCAUUGACGACACCGUCAUUACGAAGCACUCAGAAGACGCUUAUUACGUGGUGACGAAUGCUGGAAGACGGGACAGAGAUCUCACGUGGUUCAAGGAGAAGCUUGAAGAAUGGAAUGCUAGUGAUGGAGCAAAAGGAGGAAAGGUGGAGCACGAGGUCUUGGAAGAUUGGGGACUUGUCGCAUUGCAAGGUCAGCCUGACGUGCUAACAUUUGGCAAGUCUGCUUUCGUGCCCAUCGAGGGUUUCAACUUGCACGUUGCUCGGGGAGGCUAUACUGGCGAAGACGGGUUUGAGAUCUCGAUACCACCAUCUCAAACAGUGGAUGUUACCAAAUUGCUCUGCAAUGCCCCAGUGCAACUGGCGGGACUGGGUGCUCGGGACUCCCUACGUCUAGAAGCUGGCAUGUGUUUAUAUGGUAAUGACCUGGACGAGAGCACUACUCCUGUCGAGGCUGGCUUGACUUGGGUCAUUGGCAAGGAACGUAAAGAGACCGGAGAUUUCAUUGGUGCGCAAGGGGUGCGCAAACAUCUGAAAGAUGGCCCUCCGAGACGCCGAGUGGGCUUCGUAGUGGAUGGCUGCACCCGCGCGACAUGUGAUCCUAAUAACUGCUAUCCAGAGGGUGCUCAAAUAUAUUCAUCCCCAGAAAAAGAAUUGAUUGGCACGGUCACGUCAGGCAUUCCCUCCCCGACCCUUGGGAAAAACAUUGCGAUGGGCUAUGUGAAGUCUGGCUUCCACAAGAAGGGCACCGAGGUUGAAAUCGACGUCCGAAACAAACUGAGGAAGGCCAUCGUCACCCCGAUGCCUUUUAUGAAACCAAAUUAUUGGAGGGGAUGA